UGGUGGGAAGGGGAGGGAACGAGCGCAGAGCGUGUGCAGAUAUGCGCCAAACCCCUCCAGAUACGAAGGCGCUACUUCGCCGCUGCGCCUGGGUUCGCGUGGGGGAGGGGACCCCGGCGCAUCACUAAGCGUGUGUGUGGAUGGCGUGGUCUCUCCUCCGAGCCGCACACAGCAUCAUCACUCGGUUCACAGCAACAGCCUCGUACGCAUCCUCCUCCUCCUCCUCCUCCUCCCCAUCAUCAUCACCACCACCACCAUCAUCUCCAGGCUGAACAGGCACUCGCAUCGCAGAAAUUAAGACGUAAGAAGAGCCUGCUGCCAGUCCCUUCAACAGGGAGUCACGUCUCCUUCUCCGUGCGGCGACCUCUAACCCACGUUCAGGUGGUCCCUGCACUUCCAGAACCCCCUAACGAUGGAGGACGGCUACCAGAACCGGACCGCCUUCAUAAAAGGAGCCAAAGACAUCGCCAAAGAGGUCAAGCGGCAGGCGUCCAAGAAGGUGGGCCGCUCCGUGGACCGCGUGAGCGACGAGUACAGCAAGCGCUCCUACAGCCGCUUCGAGGAGGACGACGACGACGACUACCCCCCGCAGGGCGGCCGGGGCGGCGGCGGCGGCGGCGGCGGCUACUACCGCGGGGACAGCCAGGCGGCCAACGACGACGAGGGCGGCCACAGCGACUCCACCGAGGGCCACGACGAGGACGACGAGAUCUACGAGGGCGAGUACCAGGGCAUCCCCCGCGCCGACUCGGCCAAGGGCAGCCUGGCCGGCGGCCCCGGCUCCGUCAGGGCCGGCGGCCAGCAGCUCAGGGACGCGGGCGCCUCGGAGGCGGAGCGGAGGAAGGACCAGGAGGAGCUGGCGCAGCAGUACGAGACCAUCCUGCAGGAGUGCGGCCACGGCAAGUUCCAGUGGACGCUGUACUUCGUGCUGGGCCUGGCGCUCAUGGCCGACGGCGUGGAGAUCUUCGUGGUGGGCUUCGUCCUGCCCAGCGCCGAGAAGGACAUGUGCCUGUCGGAGCCGAACAAGAGCAUGCUGGGCCUCAUCGUGUACUUCGGGAUGAUGGUGGGGGCUUUCCUCUGGGGGGCCAUGGCCGACCGCAUAGGGCGCCGCCAGUCUCUCCUCAUCUGCCUCUCCAUCAACAGCAUCUUCUCCUUCUUCUCGUCCUUCGUCCAGGGUUACAGCACCUUCCUGUUCUGCCGGCUGCUCUCGGGCGUCGGGAUUGGUGGUUCGAUUCCCAUCGUGUUUUCCUACUACUCUGAAUUCCUGGCUCAAGAGAAGCGCGGCGAGCAUCUCAGCUGGCUCUGCAUGUUCUGGAUGAUUGGGGGAAUAUACGCGUCCGCUAUGGCCUGGGCCAUCAUCCCACAUUACGGAUGGAGCUUCCAGAUGGGCUCCGCGUACCAGUUCCACAGCUGGCGUGUGUUUGUGUUGGUGUGUGCGUUCCCAUCUGUUGCCGCCAUAGCUGCCCUCAACGCGAUGCCAGAGAGCCCACGCUUCUACCUGGAGAACGGCAAACACGACGAAGGCUGGAUGAUCCUGAAGCAAGUUCACGACACGAACAUGCGGGCGAAGGGAUACCCGGAGAGGGUGUUCACUGUCACGACAAUUAAGACGGUGAAGCAGGUGGACGAGCUGGUGGACACCGGCACCGACACGCCGGUCUGGCAGCGCUACAGGCUGAAGAUCAUGAGCCUGUCCUCACAGAUGCGGAAUAACAUUCUCGCCUGCUUCAGCCCUGAGUACAAGCGGACAACUUUCAUGCUCAUGGCUGUUUGGUUUACCAUGUCUUUCAGCUAUUACGGUCUGACUGUGUGGUUCCCGGACAUGAUCAAGUACAUCCAGAAACAGGAAUACGACUCCAAGACAAAGACUUUCAGUAAGGAGCGGGUGGAGCACGUCACCUUCAACUUCACCCUGGAAAACCAGGUGCAUCGCCAAGGGCACUACUUCAAUGACAAGUUCCUCAACCUGAAGAUGAAGUCGAUGGUGUUUGAAGACUCUGUGUUUGAGGAGUGCUACUUUGAGGACAUCACCUCCACGCACACCUUCUUCAGGAACUGCACCUUCAUUGCGAGCCUGUUUUAUAACACAGAUCUAUUCAAAUACAGGUUCAUCGACUGCAAACUGGUCAACAGCACGUUUCUCCACAACAAAGAGGGCUGCAUCCUCGACUUCAGCGACGACUUCAACAAUGCCUACAUGAUCUACUUCGUCAACUUCCUCGGCACGCUGGCGGUGUUGCCUGGCAACAUAGUGUCGGCUCUCUUAAUGGACAAAAUCGGCCGCUUAAGGAUGUUGGCGGGCUCCAGUGUCAUUUCGUGCGUCAGCUGCUUCUUCCUGAUGUUCGGCAACAGUGAGUCAGGGAUGAUCGCCCUCUUGUGUCUGUUCGGCGGCAUCAGCAUCGCCUCGUGGAGCGCCCUGGACGUGAUAACAGUGGAGCUCUACCCCUCGGACAAAAGGACCACGGCGUUCGGCUUCCUGAACGCCCUCUGUAAACUGGCCGCCGUCCUGGGCAUCAGCAUCUUCCAGUCGUUCGUGGGCAUCACCAAGGCGGUGCCCAUCAUUUUCGCCGCCGGCGCCCUCGCCGCAGGUAGUUUCCUCGCGACGAAGUUGCCCGAGACGCGCGGCCAGGUGCUGCAGUAACGCCGGCGGCCUGCAGGGGGCAGCGGUGCCACAGCUGGAGCGCGUGUUUGACAACCAGAGCCCAAACCUCCCCGAGAGCUUCAGCGCUGCCCGUUAACGCACCAACAGAGCACACUGUCACCCCCAUUGUGAGCCCAGAAUCCUUUGAAAUACGGACACACACACACAGAUAGCACCACCAGCGCCCAGGUACGAAUCUUAACCUUUAGAGAACAGCAACACCUGCAGGGCGACGUGCGCGUAGGAUAAAAUGCCCGCAAAUCUCCAGUGACGCGACCGUGUGGUCGAGCGACGAGAUGAGACUGAAAAAAAAAGCCAUUUCUGAAAUGAUUUAGUUCAUCCAUGAGGUCAGCUUUCAAAUGCGACUGCAGAGUGUUUCCUUCUCUCGCUGUCCGUCCUCGUCCUCAGUGACUGACUUUUAGUGCUCUUUGACUUCCUGUGAUGUUACUGGUACCUUUCUGUUCAGACUAAUGUUCAUAGAUGUGUUUGAUGAAAAUUUUAAAUCUUAAAAUACAUUUCCGGGUGUUUGCGUGUGCUCGGAAGGCACCUUUGGCCACUGCUGACUACUGAACUCAGACCUGCCGAGCGUUACUCUCCAGCAAAUUGACUCGAAACAUUCCAGCGAGGCUGGAUUUAUCCAAGAGCUCCUGCGCAUGCGUAAAUCCAGCCUGCUCCUCAACCCGCAGCCUCCAACCCCAGACAGGCGCAGGUGCGUUUCACGGGAUUCUCUGUUGUAAACGGGAGCACGGUCCUCGGUGUUAAACGAACGCGUUCCCCUCCCUGCCGUUGAAUAUGUUCGUGUCUGCAACGCGGGAUCGUCUGUGGGGCGGAUCGUGGUCCAGUGUUAAAUGUGAGCGUGGAGACGGGAGUGCGGUGUUUGUCACGUGAGUGUGUUUAUGCGUGAGCGCGCGCGUGUGUGUGUGGGGAAGACUUUACACUCUGUCACGUCAUGCAAGUCAGCACAGCCAGCGUUGAGGAUUUUACGGCCUGCCAGCGGAACGUAGGAGCUCGCGCGCUCUCGUUUUAGGCUUCUUCACAAACUCGGAUCCGAUCAGUGACUCGCGCCGUGGCUCAGGUGAGAUGACGUGUUCAGGCGGCGUUUUCGGCCGAUGUUAUUUUUUUGCAGCUCCGCGCCAAAUUAGCGAACGUGCGGGAUGUUUCUGAGCAAAUAUCAAGUUCAACUGUGUCCGUGUGUCGAAGCUUUACAUUUUCAUUUUACAUUUAAUUUAUGCCCUUUUAAAAUGUUAAAUCAUAUCUUCAUUAGACUCGCAAGCACAAAUCAAAUGUCUAUGUGUCUAUGCUUCCACUAAACGAGCUGCUCUACGUUACGCGACCCAACGACGCAGCCCCGUUAACGGGUGAUUAACACAUCCCACCGCUGUCUUUUAUGCGCAUCCCUGCUUUAGUAUUAUUCCUCCGACAGCGUUCGUCACAACGUGUGCUGACAAUCAGUGAGUGCGUACGUGCUGGUAGUUCGGGAUGUUUGAGGUGUGGAGAUAAAGAGGAGAAAAGCUUCCAUAGGUGGGUAACAGUUACGGCGUGAGCUGCAGGAACAUGUCUGACAGCCUCAUUUCUGCACAUCUGGGUGGGAGUGACUUUAAAGGAAUAGUUCAGCAAUUUGGGAAAGAAGAAACAGGGACAUUGUUGCUAAACUAAGGUACAGCUUGUUAUUUUUGCGUAUGGAGAACGCGAGCAGACGGCCUGUGAGGUGCCGCUUUGUUCCUUUGUGUUGAUUCAUUUUCUACCUGCAUAGAACCUGGCCAGCAAAACCUCAAAGUACUGAACUGUACCUUUAAUGUUGUCAGAUGUAGAGUGACUUUAACCUACAACUCCUCCUUUGCCAGAUCAUGUUCAUCUGAGAGACUGUUAUGAUGAGCUGCAUGUGUCCUGUGUGUGUGUGUGUGUGUGUGUGUGCGUGUGUGUGUGUGUGUGUGUGUGUGUGUGUGUGUGUGUGCGUGUCUCUAAGCUAACUCCAAAUCGUGUGUCACAUAUUUUUCUACUUCUUUCUGUUGCAUGUUUUCAUCUCUGUGAUGAAUACAGCUCAGUUUGGGACCACGGAAAUAUAUUUACAUUACCAGAAGAUAAAAAAAACCCUAACGCAAUAUAUAUGCAGUGUAGAGUUUAACGUGUUGUUCUUCAUACCAGACCUGGGUGCUCUUUUGUUGAUACAAGUCAGUCUUCACCACGAAGCCCAUCGCAGAGUUGAUGCAUGACCCGUUCCUCUGUUGAGAAAUCUGACAAGCGGUGGCAUCUGACCCACGGAGCCGACUACACCUCGUAAUCUGUACUCAACUGAUCGUGACGCAUGUUUGUAUCGUAUCGUCUGACUUCUUGGACGUCCCGUACGCCGGCUGUGUUCGUCUUAAGCAAGAACUAGUGUUUUCAUUGUUGUAUGAUGACAUCGAUUUGUCGCUUGCAGUGAUUGUUCUUAAUCAAAGUGGGGUUUAAAAUUGGUGAAACUUGAGUAUGUGUCUGAAAGUAAGUUAGUGGUGACUGUGCCCCUUGUUCGCCUCGGACCCCGGUACAUUUUAGUUAAAGACGUACAUGCCUGAAUUUCUGAGGAGGAUGCUUGUAAUCGUGCAAUUCAUCUUGUCGGAGAGAUACAAGAUCGCUAUGGCCGGAAAAGGGCAAUAAAGAUAACUGGGGAGCGGAAAAUAUGCAUAAAACGUUCAGUUUGACAUGAACUUGUUUGUCCAUAGGAGUUGGUGUGAAGGGGGAGGGUGAGCAAUAAAGCGGGGGCCGCCCCCACUUCUGAAGAAGCAGGAGGUUAGAUUCAAUGGUUUAUCAACUCAUCAAAAAGAGCUCCCUCUGUCAAAUUGAAGCUCCUGUCCAAAAUGUAAAAGUGUACUAUUUAUUGUUCCAAUGUGUAGAAAUAUCCUUCUAAAUAUAAAUAUAUAAAUAUAUAUCUGUACAAACCAUCAGAGGGGUCACGGGUUUGAGUUUUAGUGGCCGUAGAGCUGUUAGUCACAGCGAGCAGCAGCCUGAAAACUUCCCUUCAUGAUGGUGUUCUGAUGAGGAGACGGAGGACUUUUCUAGCGUGGUUUGAGGUUCCCUCAACACUAAAGAGCACACGGAUCCGUUUCAGAGUGAAUGCUGGGAAAAUGGACCAAACCACGCCAGUCGACGACCCGUUGACCCGCGACGACAGCGCGAAUCCUCCAAACGAAGGAGUUGCGUUUGCGUUUUUCUUUAGUUUGACUCUGACCAGUUUAUUAAAUGAUAAAAGUUCUACUGUAAGUGUGAGUUCAAUUCAACACUCUGUGUACUCUGUGUAGAAACUGUAGAUGUUUGUACGUGCAAGUAUGGAAUCUGUGGAACAAAAGAUCAAGGAAAAUCACCCAAAAAAAGUUCAAUAUGACACAAAAGUUAUUUGCGUGUUGUCUUUGUGUUUUGUAAAUGAAGACUGAAAAUCUUGGUAAAUUCAGUAUUUAUUAAUUCUGGAUAUUGAGAAUAUUUUAGUGAUGCUGAAAAGGUGCUGUAUUUAUUUUAUGUGAGAGUUGUUCAUUAUGCUGGAGCUUGCACUUCUGUGCCAUUUAUCCAGUUCUAUGAAGAAAAUGAUAUGAAUCAUAAUGGAAAUAAAAGCAGAAGAAAGAAAAUAAAACAAUGUCAUGUUUUGCAUCA